AGGAUUUAGCGGGGAUAGGAUCACGUCUUUAUGCCUAAACUUGGCCAUUUUUCGUUUCGUUCCUCUGCCGAGAGAGUAAACUAGGGCACGAAAUCUGCUCCCAAAAUAUCCCCGACAAGCCCCUGAUAAGAUACAGAGACAAUACACAGAUACGUAUCACAAGGAGACAAAUUUAGUUAGAGAGAGAUGUCACUGGUGGACUACGCUUCUUCAGACGAAGAAGACGAAGCGGGAGUUGGCGAAGAAGGAGUGAGAGGAAGCUUCCAAUCUCCGAAAGACGAAUCGAAGCGAGAUCAACCGCCUUCCCUGCCUCCUCAAAGCCAGAAAUCAGGGCUGUUAUCGAAUGAACACCUUCGAAGUUCAAAGUCGUCGGAGCCUUCUGUUGUGAAACUUCCUGAUGCUUCACUCCUUUUAAAUUCGACUCCUGUGUCAUCUGAUCUGGUGAGUGGUUCUGACCACUCUUUGAGAGUUGCAGCUGCAAUAGCUGAACGUGAGUCACGAAAAAGAGAAGCAAAUAUAUUAGCUUCUGCUCUACCCCAAAGUAAAGUUCCAAAGGGGAAUUUGCCACAUCAGAAGAGUAUUCCAGAUACGGUAGCCGGUCUGUUAGUUCCACCACAGCUUAGCGGAAGGAGUAAUAUUGUGACAGAAGAUAUAGGCAAACUCUUUGUACGAAGAAAUGCUGAUCCCGCAUCUCACUAAGUCCUGAUGUCUGUGAUAGAUCCUUCAUGCGAGUCUGCUGUUGGUUUGAACUAAUGUACUCUGCAUGAAGGUUACUAGGAUUUUCCAUGGAAGUACUUUCAUAUGAAUUGUCAGUUGUGAUGUUGGUGUUA